GAAUCGAACCCAGGCCCUCCUCGCUGUGAGGCGACUGUGCUACCCACCAUAUAUAUAUAUGUAAGAGGCACCUGAUGUGAGGUGCAUCUUGCUCAUGAAAUACGUGAGUAGGUGAAGUGAUGGGAAAGAAAGUAAAGUAGAAAAGUAACGUGUGUUUGUGACGUUGUGUAGGACAGUCAGUUGUUUGCAGAAUAGGAGUAGCUCACAUUGUGCAAAAUUAAUAACUUUCCUGGUAGAAAAUGGUCAGAGAGCUUGUAACUUUAAUAGAAAAAAAUUUAUUUAAAAAAAUAAAACAAUUCUUGAAAUUUUUAUUUUUAAUGCAAGAAAUGCACUAGAGUCAAGCCUCUGCUGGUUAUCGAUAUUUCCAUGCAAAAAUUGACCAGAUAGAGGAAUUUAAGUCACGGGUUUGAGAGAAUAGAACAAAAACAAAAACGCGAGCGAAGCCCUUCUAGUAAACCCGGCCAUUUCCUCACUUGGUUGUAUUAAAAAUUCCAAUGGCCUACGUGUGGACUCAUUCAUCUUCUCUGGACAGAAUAACUGGAGAGUGGGACGACCGCACGGUGUUUGUUUUCUUUUUGUUUUGCUGCUGAUAGUGUGUAAAUGUCAUGCUGCAGUGGAGCCACCGCCGCUUCGGGUUCCAUUAUGGAAAUAUCAAAGCGUGGACUCAUGCUGCCAGUGCUUUGUUGUAUGCAAAAUUGUUUGGGAAAGAGGCUGGUCAGUUACGUCAAUCCAACUCCACUAACUGAUUUAUAUAUAAGCGAGCGAGCAAAAUUCUCUAUAUCUGCUACUGAACCUUGAGGACAACUUGUAUCAGCUACUGACUCUCAGGAACGACAGAAACAACAGAAUCAUGCAGCCAUACACAAAGACGUCCACUGCUGUACUGGUGAUACUUUGGCUCGUGACGGUACAGAGCAGGUUCCAUAUGAGGGAUUGCUUCACCUGUGUUCAUCACGACAAGCUACAACGAUGUGACAACGAAAACUUGACAAAUUUCAUGUUCAAGACAUUAAACCCUGGCUAUGAAAAUGAUUCCCUCUCUCCCUGGACAUACGAAGAUGACGUCAAUGACAACAGGUAUCCCAGGAUCAUCAGGGUUGCCAAAUGUGACCCUCUUGGAUGUUCUGGACUGAAUGCCACAUCUGAAGCUAUUACCAUUGAAAUUCCUGUCUUCAUGCGAGUGAAAUGCGGACAACACUCUAAGAGCAACACAGCAGUCUACAGACUCACACUGGUGCCUCACACCAUCGCGGUUGGAUGCACAUGUAUUAAAAUGUUCUAAAGCCAUCAAAGCCACGUGCUCCAAAUCGUGAUCUCAGUGUGAGACUUUCAUCCUUUUACCGAAGCCUUUCUUGCCUUGUACAGUGGGAUGGUGGGUGUCAUUAUCAUUGAACCUACUUCAUUAUCGUUUGGGUCUUGGAUUGGAGGUGACUUUGACCACACUUCAUUUCACAGCUUCUAGAAUGUUUGACAAUGUCAGGCUGUUAUUGUCAAUGUUACACUGGCAUUUUUUAUAAUGCAGAAACCUACGAAACCACUGAGAAGGCAAAACUGUGUUUUGUGUGUAAGAGAGUGAAAGCACAAUCUCUAACUUCCAUGAAGAACACGUUAAAAACUCUGUAGUGUAGUGAGAAAAAGGCAAAGCUGCUUUGUGGCCCAGAGUUACUUUGUUUCUUUAAGCAACUGUUUAUUUUGAUUCAUGAUUGAUUUUUGGUUGAGUAUUUGCUCAUCUGGUUUUUUUUCCAUGCAAUUGCAUGUGCAUUUCUCAUGUGUUACAUUGUGUAAUUUGCUUUUCUUUCUCUGAGAUUACUUAUCAAAUAUGGCAUAAUCUGUUGUCAUUGUCUGACGUGUAUACUGUAAGGAUGUAUACUGUGUAUAAACAUGAAACAGGAACCUGUAUACAAAGUAGAAAUGUUUAAUUUUCCAUGAAAAAUGCAAAUAAAAUGGGUUUGUACAAAACCAUGUAAAUAAA